AUGUUACAAAGUCCACCUCAGUGGAUGUUGACAGAGUCUGACCAGAGUCCACAUUGUAAACUGGAAACUCUCAGACUGAGUGUCUGUAACCUCUCAGAAAGAAGCUGUGAAGCUCUGUCCUCAGUUCUCAGCUCCCAGUCCUCUAGUCUGAGAGAGCUGGACCUGAGUAACAACAACCUGCAGGAUUCAGGAGUGAAGCUGCUGACAGUUGGACUGGAGAGUCCACAUUGUAAACUGGAAGCUCUCAGGCUGUCAGGCUGUCUGAUCACAGAGGAAGGCUGUGCUUCUCUGGCCUCAGCUCUGAGCUCCAACCCCUCCCAUCUGAGAGAGCUGGACCUGAGCUACAAUCAUCCAGGAGACUCAAGAGUGAAACUGCUGUCUGCUGGACUGGAGGAUCCACACUGGCGACUGGACACUCUCAGGGUGGAGCCCGGUGUAGUCCGAUGGCUGAGACCAGGUCUGAGGAAGUAUUCCUGUAAAAUCACACUCGACACAAACACAGUGAACAGAAAGAUCCAACUGUCUGACGACAACAGGAAGGCGACACAAGUGAAGGAGGAUCAGCCAUAUCCUGAUCAUCCAGACAGGUUUGACGACUGGCCUCAGCUGCUGUGUAGAAAUGGUCUGACUGGUCGCUGUUACUGGGAGGUCGAGUGGAGAGGAGGAGUUCAUAUAUCAGUGAGUUACAGAGGAAUCAGCAGGAGAGGAGGCAGAGAAGACUGUGUGUUUGGAGGGAAUGAUCAGUCCUGGAGUCUGAUCUGCUCUGUUGAUGGUUACUCUGUCUAUCACAAUAAGAGAAGAACAUCCAUCUCCUUCCCCUCCUCUGUCUCUCACAGAGUAGCAGUGUAUGUGGACUGUCCUGCUGGCACUCUGUCCUUCUACAGAGUCUCCUCUGACACAUUGAUCCACCUCCACACCUUCAACACCACAUUCACUGAACCUCUUUAUCCUGGCUUUGGGUUCUGGUUCUGGUCCAGGUCUGGUUCCUCAGUGUCUCUGUGUUCUCUGUAGGAGGGAGAGUCUCCUCCUGUUAGAGAAACACAUCAGUUGAGUCUGUACAGGAUCACAGCUACAGAAAUCUUUCAGGUUAUUGUCAUAAAUUCAUCAAUGAACUCAAAGUGAUUUUCAAAGCUUCUCCAUCUAACAGCUGGAAAUAAAGCCCAACAUUUUCAU